UUGUUAAAAUGGCUAAGCUGCACAAAGCGCGCACAUACCAAGUUCUUACUUAUAAAUUGAAUGUAAUGUCCAGUUGACAGAUAAAAAUUUUUCUAAAAGUAUGAUUUUGUUCAGUAAUUAACGUGAUAAGCUUAUCUAUUUAUCAAGUAUUAUACAAAACUUAAAAAGUUAGGUUUAAACAAUUUUAAAAUGAAUAAUGACAGUGAUUCUGACGUAGACGACGUUUUAAAUGAUCUUCUAGCUAUUGGCGAAGAAAACACACAGGACUCAUCGCCUAAGGAAACUUUAAAAGAAUUAGAUUUUAAUUUUCUAGAUAGUGUGCCUAAAACAAACGGUGAAGAAAAUAAAUCGAAUAAACAGGAUAAAAGUGAAGUUUAUGAUGAUACACUCGAUUCUUCCGACGAUGAAGAUAGACGUUAUUUUGAAGAACAGAAAUAUUCUAACUAUGGACGUGAUAUAAAAUCAUUAUUAAAGAAAGAAGGAUCUAACCAAAAUGAGAAUAGACCUCGUGCAAUAAGUUUAAAAGCAUUUGAUUUUAGUGCUACAAAAAAAAGCACAGAUAUAAGUACAACAACCAAUAACAAUAAUACUAAAUCAAAAGAUGUUUAUAGCGAUCCAUUUUUUGGAUUAAGAAUUAUUAAUCCAAUGGUGUCUUCAGCAGAAUUAACAUCACGUAUGAAUGGUAAAAUACCAGUAACGGUAUCAAAAAUGAAGUAUCAUCUUAAUUCAGAGAAUAUAGAAAAAGACUGGGUAAUUGCUGGUGUGAUAAUAAGUAAAUCACCUCCAAAAACUUCUAAAAACGGAAGCUCAUAUUCUAUAUGGAAGAUAAGUGAUUUGUCUGAUACUAUAAAUACUGUGAGCCUUUUCAUGUUUAGUACCGCAUAUAAAUCAUUUUGGAAAACUACAGUUGGAACUGUUAUAGGUGUUCUGAAUCCUAAUAUUCUAGAAUCUAAAGAUAAUAUAGAUCUAGCUACAUUGUCCAUCGAUAAUCCACAAAAAGUCAUGAUUUUAGGUACAUCCAAAGACCUGGGAAAAUGUAGAUCAAGAAAAAAGAAUGGAGAUCCGUGCAGUUCUAUUGUAAACUUAAGCCGUUGUGAAUUUUGUUUGUAUCAUAUUAAACAGGAAUAUAAGAAAUGCUCCACUAGAGCAGAACUACAAGCAUAUAGUAACACACAGAAAUUCUCUGUAGAUAUGUUAAAGAAAGACAAACCAAAGAAAUCCCUUAAUUGCAACAUGCCAGAAUUUAAUGCUAUUGUUGCUGUAAAAAGUAAAAAGUUACAGGAAAAAGAUGCUAAACGUUUAGCAUUAUUGUCAGGAAUUAAUAAACCUGAAAAUUCAGCUAGUACAAAAUUAGCAUAUGAUAUGAAGGGUAACAUUCUAAAAGAAUCAUCGGCACAACAAAUACAAAAGAACUUGGAACAAAUAAAAGAGUCAAGGGGAUGGAGAGCUACAGUAUUGUCCCAAGCACCUAAUGAUACAUCAUCAUCAUCAUCAUCAUCAUCACCUACAUUGUCACAGUUGAAUAAAUCAAAGAAACAAGAUUUAAGUAUGCUAUCGUCGUCUUCACGGCCCCGUUUAGGUCUCGGUUGUCAAGGAGGAACGAUAGAUCUCUCAGAACCUAUAACUAAAAAACAAAUGAAUGUAGCGAAAAAUAAUGCAAUUAAAUGGGUUCAAAAAAAUGGAAAAAUUAAACCUAGUGAUCCUAAUAAAAUACGACUAAACAAAGAAGAUAAAUUAGAGAAAGGGAAGAAACGAUCAAGAGAAUCGGAAAAUGAUGAAACCCAAGAAGCAAAGAAACCAAACGUGAUAUCGGAUAAAUUUAAAGAAUUGAUGCAGACCAAGUCUGCCCAUACUGAUCUUAUUGAAAAAUCUUACCAAGAGGAAGAAGAAAAAUAUUUCAACAAAUUAGAAAUGAAAGAAAGAAUGGAAGAAAAAAUGUUGAAUACCUAUAAGGUUUCUUGUAAAGCUGUUAAAUGUUUACUAUGUAAAUAUACAUCGUUCUCCGCUUCCGACAUGUGUAAAGAGCAGAAACAUCCAUUGCGUGUUACAGAUGCAACUAAAAGAUUUUUCAAAUGUACAGAUUGUGGAAAUAGAACAGUAAGUUUAGAUAGAAUACCUUCGCAUAGUUGUAUAAAAUGCAGUAGUUCGAAUUGGUCAAGAGCUGCAAUGAUGGAUGAGAGAAGAACAAAUGUUGCUGUUACCGCGUUAUCUAUACGAGGCGAUGAAGAAACUUUUAUGGGAUCGAUGACUAAAGAUGCCAAUCUUAAUCUUUUAGUACCAGAAAAGGAUGACAAAUAACGUCAUGUAUGCUCAAUAAAUUAAAAUUUAUAAAAUGCAUACAUAUAAAGAGUGACAUCUUUUUUCUACAGUUUUGUACCCAGUCGUCUUUUAUACUGUAUCUCAUAAAUACAAGUAACUACAUUUGUGUGGUUUUAUUGUCCUUAACACAGUAUUCUUUGAUUUUAUAAAAUAUACAAAUAUAAAAAAACUCUAAAUGAUGUAACUGUUAUAUGUAUACAACAAUUACAGAAAUAAUAAAAGGAAAUAAAUACA